AUGACUGACUAUUGGCAGGCUUUCAAAAGUGUGAUGAGAAUUGAGAGGCAUUAUGUUCCUGUUAGCGUGAGAGAUUUCUUUGAUUUUUGUUCUAGAUUAGUUCGUAGUGUUUUGCAACACAUCAAGAAUUUGUAUGGAAUUAAACUUGAAGUGAAGGGAUUGGAAAAUCUGGAUGUCAAGGGUCCCUAUGUCAUUAUCUCCAAUCACCAGAGCUCACUGGAUCUGAUGGGCAUGAUGGAGAUCCUCCCUGAUCGUUGUGUUGCGAUUGCAAAGAAGGAGCUGAUGUAUGCUGGCACUGUGGGAUUAGUAUGCUGGCUUGCUGGCAUCAUCUUUAUCAACCGGCAGAAAAAAACUGAUGCUAAAAGUGUGAUGACUGAGGCUGCUCAGACCAUGCUGAAAGAGAAUAUCAGAUUGUGGGUGUUUCCAGAAGGAACCAGAAAUCAUGAUGGUAAUAUGUUGCCAUUUAAACGAGGAGCUUUCCACUUAGCCAUACAGGCACAGGUUCCAAUUAUACCAGUGGUGUUUUCCUCAUACAAUGACUUCUACAACAGAGCAGAGAAAAGGUUUACCUCCGGGAAAUGUAUCGUUCAGGUUCUUCCUCCAAUGCAAACUCAAGGCAUGACAACAGACGAUGUGCCGGACUUAACGGAGAGAGCACGCAAUUUGCUUAUGACCACAUGGAAUGAAAUCUCUGCUCCUAUCCUCAAAAUGCAUGGGGCCCAAUGAAGUCACUAUGUACAAGUCUUUAUGGAGUGUUUGCAUCAGUGAUGUUUGUGCUGAGGUCUAUACUGAUGCUUCAGGUUGUGUAAUGAGUUUUACACUAAAUGGAUUUUCAUGAAACAUUAGGAAUUACUCAUUGAUCAGCAAGAUGCUGUCACUUAUGAUGGUAGUCUCUUGCUGGUCAACAUGGGUAGGGAAUCCCAACCACUGGAUUUAAUAUCUGAAGUGGGAUUUCUUGCUUCUAAGUAAUAGGAAGAAAAUAGAUGCUCUGUGAGCUGUUUAACUGCUGUCAGUUCUUCUAGCCAGGUGGCCAUGUGUUCAGGCUCUUUUCAUUCAUAGUGAGAGUAUGUUUCUCUUCCAUUGUGCCCAUAAAUUCCAGCACUAGUAUUUGAUCACAGUCAAUGUUUAGAUUGAGAAAAUAGACUGAAAAUUAUUGCUGCCAUUCUCUAAUAAAUUAGCACUCUGCAAUACUAGUUGGUCAGACUUCUAAACUUCAGGAUUUUUGUUUUGGUUCACAGAACUAGAUAAUUUUGUUUUUGAGACAGAGGCCAUUUACACAUUCCGCAUCCUUUCCUGAUCAGGCUUCUGUUUCCCUUCCUGUUUUAUUUGCUGCUUAUCCAGGGAAUUAGAAUGUGUUGGUGCCUACCUGCUGUACAUGAGGCAGAGUUAUUACUACAAUCUGAACUUGCCUUGAUCCUAUCAAUAUUAGUCAAGUACUUUCAUCCAAAUGUAUUAAAUUGACUUAACUGUGUAAUGUAUUUGUUGAGGUGAAGAUGUCUUAAGCUUUGCAGGAAGCAAGUUCCCACUAAUGACGUAAUUGCUGUUGCAUUGCUGAGCUCAAGUCAGUGAGUUUCAGUACUAGGGUUAGGACCUUAUGUAAAAUUACAAAUCUCAGUAUUUACAGUUUAAUUGUACAGAACUUAACCUGCAGUAAAUGUGUAAACUUGACUGUAUGACAUUUUGUGGCACUAGAAAGUAACACUGCCCCCCUCAAUCUAGUGAAAGUCAAGUAAUGUCGAGGCUACUUGGUCUUAAUGGUGACUCCAAAGUAUCAGUGUUUAGGGCCAGGAAGAUGUAUUCUGUAGCUUAUCUUUGCUGUAUUGCUUUUGAAUGUCUGUUUCUGUACCAUUUGUCUUGGUAAAAUAUUAAAUAAUGCUGCACGUAAAUGUAAUUUGCAUUGCUUUAGGCUUUUAUGUGACAAUAUUUGGUCCUUUUUAAAGUUGCCAUUUUCAAUCAACUUUUCAAUAAGUAUUUAGCAACAAGAUCAUAUCUUGCACUUUCUCCCUAUUCCCUCAUUAACAUUUUAGUUUGUGUCUUCAUUCUGUGACUGCGGAUUCAAUGAACAAUAAAAUCAUUUGGAGAAUUA